AGCAAUGUAUGUGGAAAGGUAUUUUUAACACGGGAUUAGCUUCAUGCUUUGUUUUCUCAUAUGACCAGAAUGAUAUGAUUUCUAUUCUCGAGUCUGGUAUAUUCACUCGAGAAGUAUAUGAGAGAUGACCCUUCACCGUGAAUCUUGGGCUUUUGUUUUCGGCCUUCUAGGCAAUGUCAUCUCCGUUAUGGUCUUCCUCGCUCCAUUGCCAACAUUUUAUCAAAUCUACAAGAAAAAAUCUACCGAAGGUUUUCAGUCAGUUCCUUAUGUUGUUGCAUUGCUAAGUGCAAUGCUUUGGAUAUAUUAUGCACUUGUCAAAAAUGAAGAUAGCAUCUUUCUCCUCACAAUUAAUUCAUUUGGACUUGUGGUAGAAUCCAUUUAUCUUGCAAUCUUCCUAGUUUAUGCCUCAAAUAAAGCCAGGCUUUCAACCAUCAAGCUUAUUCUCUUGUUAAAUGUUUUUGGAUUUGGAGCAAUGCUUGUUUCAUCCCUCUGCUUAGCAACAGGAUCAAAACGUCUUUCAAUUAUAGGAUGGAUUUGUCUAGUUUUCAACAUAACCGUGUUUGCUUCUCCUCUCUGCAUUAUUAGACACGUAAUAAAGACCAAAAGUGUGACAUACAUGCCGCUUAGUUUGUCCUUCUUUUUGAGCUUAAAUGCUAUCACGUGGUUCUUCUAUGGUUAUCUCCUCAAGGACUAUUACAUUGCUCUCCCAAAUACGCUUGGAUUUUUAUUUGGCAUAAUUCAAAUGGUGAUGUAUUUGAUAUAUAGAAACGCCACAAAAGUGGUACUAAAGGAGCCAACAAAGUUACAUGAACAAAAUGGUCAUAUUAAUAUCAAUAUUGAUGUUCUGAAGAUCAUUGACACAGUGGUGCUUUCUGAUCCAAAUCAAGUGGACAAUAGUGCUGCUCUGCCUGUAUCAACUACUUGUGAGGAUCCAAAUAUGAUGGAAAAUAAGUAAAAAACAUUGUGAGGAUAUUUUUGUUUGAUUAAUGUAUUAUUGUUUUCAUGAGUGAGUAGUAAUUAUGUAUGUAUGUAUGUAACUGUAAUAAGGGGGGGCACAUGAAUGAGUUGUACUCUCUCCUUAUUAGACAGUUAUUGUGUGGAUUUGGUUCUGCCGGCAAAAUAUAAAUUAAUUUUUAUUGAUUUUUA